AUGAAAUCUAAUGGCAAUACUCUAAAAGAAUUAGGAAAAAUUCUAUGAACAAUCGAAAGCUUAGACGAAGCAAUCAAAGACAACCCAAACAAUGUUGAUUUAUACAAUGAAAAAUGCAAAAUUUUUUGUGGAAUAAAAAGAUAUCAAGAAGCAAUAGAAUGCUAUGACGAAGCAAUCAAACUCAACCCAAACAAUGCUAAAAUUCACGAUAAUAAAGGCCUCGUUUUUCAUAGUUUACAAAGAUAUUUAGAAGCAAUCGAAUGCUAUGAUGAAGCAAUUAAAAUCAAUCCAAAUAACGCGACUUUAUACGAUAAAAAAGGCAUCGCUUUUACUAAUUUAAGAAGAUAUCCAGAAGCAAUCGAAUGCUUUGACGAAGCAAUCAAACUUAAUCUAAGAAAUAGUAAUAUUUACUUAAAGAAAGGAUAUCUUUUAAAUGAAUUAGGAAGAUAUCAAGAAGCAUUAGAAAGCUAUGAUGAAGCAAUUAAAAUCAAUCCAAAUAACGACAAGCUUUAUAAUUAUAAAGCAGACAUUCUUAUUGUUUUAGAGAGAUAUCAAGAAGUAAUACCAUGCUAUACUAUGGCAAUCAAAAUUAUACCCAAUAAUCCUUUGUAUAUAUGCAAACGAGCUAAAGCAUUUUAUAAUCUCAGACAAGAAGCAAGGGCUUUGGAAGACUUUAAUAGGGCUUAUAGUUUAAAGCAAGAAAAGCAAGGUAGUGUUUUCACUAAAAAUGAAUGAAAACUUUCAGAAAAUGAGAUCAAUUUUAUUAAUGACUUAUUAGGCCGAGAGCGUAUUGAACUACUCCAAAAAAUGCAGAUUUAG